GUGUACAUGCCCUGCUUUGUACCACUCCUUCUUAUCUCUCCACCCCUCUGUCUGUGUUGUUUUCCUCAGAGUUAGCCCAUGCGAGCAGCGUGUGGACUGAGUGCAGCUGUUUCGUUCAGAGCAGAGCCCAACAUGUGAGAAGAUGUCUGUUGGAGGUUGUGCUUGUCCCGGCUGUUCGUCAAAGUCAUUCAAGCUGUACUCUCCUAAGGAGCCCCCCAACGGCGGCAGCUUUCCCCCCUUCCACCCAGGCGCUAUGCUGGACAGAGAUGUGGGGCCUACACCCAUGUACCCCCCGUCAUACAUGGAGCCAGGAAUGGGGAGACCCACACCGUACGGGAACCAGACAGACUACCGGAUAUAUGAGCUGAACAAAAGGCUACAGAAUUGGACAGAGGAUUGUGAUAAUCUCUGGUGGGAUGCCUUCACCACAGAGUUCUUUGAGGAUGAUGCCAUGCUCACCAUCACUUUCUGUCUAGAAGAUGGACCCAAACGAUACACCAUUGGCAGGACGUUGAUUCCACGAUACUUUCGGAGUAUCUUUGAGGGGGGCGCCACUGAGCUGUUCUAUGUCUUGAAGCAUCCAAAGGAGUCCUUCCACAGUAACUUUGUAUCUCUCGACUGUGACCAGUGCACCAUGGUUACCCAGAACGGCAAACCUAUGUUCACACAGGUUUGUGUGGAGGGCCGUCUGUACCUAGAGUUCAUGUUUGAUGACAUGAUGAGGAUCAAGACGUGGCACUUCAGCAUCAGACAACACAGAGAGGUCCUACCCAGGAGCAUUUUGGCUAUGCAUGAUCCCCAGAUGCUGGAUCAACUGGCUAAAAAUAUCACCAGAUGUGGGCUGUCCAACUCCACGCUCAACUACCUCCGUCUAUGUGUGAUAUUGGAGCCCAUGCAAGAGCUGAUGUCCAGGCAUAAGACCUACAGUUUGAGCCCAAGAGACUGCCUGAAGACUUGCCUCUUUCAAAAGUGGCAAAGAAUGGUAGCACCUCCAGCUGAGCCAGCCAGACAAGCACCAAACAAGCGGCGGAAAAGGAAGGUGUCCGGUGGAAGCACCGUGAGCUCUGGUGGAGGCAGCAAUAACAACAGCAACAGCAAAAAGAAGAGUCCAGCCAACAGCUUUUCUCUCUCCAGCCAGGUACCUGACCUGGUUGGAACAAAAACCUGUACAGUGCCGGAGCUUGAGGACCGGAGUUGAGAACCACUACGCUAAAUCUUAAACCCACACACACACACACAUACAUACACACAUACACACACAAACACACACACUGACACACAAACACUGACACACACACAAUCCAGUGCACACACACCAACACACACUCACCUACACCUACAACAUAAAACAUUGAGGUACUGGAGAGAGGUGGUACGCAGCAUGUCUGGACGAGAGCACCAGAUGCUACAGAAGUGUGUUUUCAUUUUCUAUGUUUUAGACUUGUUUUGAAUUUUUUUUUUUUUAUUUUUGUAAACAAUUUCUAAAAAACAGACAAGCAAGCAAACAAAAACACCCCAGAAUAUUCUUUGCACUGUUUUCCACUAUUAACUCCAAUCUAUUUUUCUUAUGAAUUGACAGUGUAUUUUUUUUCUUUUCUAUUAUUGCUAAUGUAAGAACUGUAAAACAUCUGAAACCUGCAGUAUAUUAAUGUAUAAGUAUUGCUGUUAGAUCAUUCUUAUUGUGAUGGUUAAUAACUUUCAUGUAAGUCUAUGCUUGAUAUAAUGUCAUCCAUCUGUAUCAGACAUCACACUGUCAUGAGGUCCAUCGGCUUCAGUGCUAGAAAACCGGUCAGGGAGAACAAGGCUAGUGUUUUAAUACUGUGCUACAUCUUGUUUGAUGUGAGUCCAAAGCAGCACACUGGAUACCAUUUUCCCCGCUAAAUUUCCAACAAGCACCUGGUUUGGAUCUGUUGUCUUGUCAUUGCAGAACUGUUUGCUUUGUCUUGAAUUCUCUAUCUGGGGGUGCUCUCUUUAGGGAACAUAAUAACAGAAAACUUCUCAAAUUUGCUACUCAAAAAUAUUUUAAAAACAAGUUUUGACAGGAUUGUAAAAUAAGAAAAAAAAAAAAGACUUUUGUAUUAACUUAAGUUUCCCAGAAAUGUUUUUAAUCACAAUUAAGAAAGCUGCAGACCAAGGAGCUACAUGUAAAGAUUCUUUAGAUCUUGAUUACACUGCGCUGUUUGUUUUAUGAAAAAUCAUUUUGUUGGCUUUACUCCUCAUGUUUGUGUCUGUGCUUGUAUAUUUUUAGGUAGUAAUUUCUGUAAAAGUUAUUCUAUGUAUUCCUCCCUAGAACUACGAGAAACUCAAUCUAAUGUAAAAAGAUGAAAAGUCUCUUAAAGGUUUUUUUUUUUUUUUUUUUUUAAACGUGAUUUUUAAUGGUACAAUCACUGAUAAAAGAAUUUUGCCCUCA